CGGCGCAGUUAGGACUCUGCAGUGGCGCUGAGAUGCUGUUGCAAGCGUACUUGUUUCUGAGCUGCGUCAGCCUCGUGUGGAAUGCGCGGGCUUCGGCGAUGGUAGUUAUCACCGCCGAGGGCUACGUGCGCCCCGUGGAGGUGGGGGUGUACUACGAGUCGCUAUGCCCCUGCUGCCAGUCCUUCAUCACCGGUCAGCUGGCGUCCGCCUACACAGAGGCGCCCGAGCUGAUGAACCUCACCCUGGUCCCGUACGGAAACGCACAGACGACAAAAACUUCAAGAGGAUAUGAAUUUGUAUGUCAGCACGGUCCAACGGAGUGCCAAGGCAAUAAAGUACACUCAUGUGCAAUAAAAUAUGUAAAUAAUAAAAUGCAACUUCUGAACUACGUAGCGUGUAUGAUGAGCGAUGAGAGUGACCCUGAAGCCAUUGGCGAAGAGUGCGCCCAAUUGACGGGUAUUCCGUGGAAGCCGAUACUGAAGUGUUCGAGGGGAAGAGAGGGGACUGAAUUGCUGAAGGCCAAUGGCGACUUGACAGAGGCCCUAGGCCCUGAGAUGGAAGGCGUACCAGCCAUCACAUUCAACAGGAAACUGGGCGAUCAGUUAGCUGCAAUAAACGACUUCUGGGGCGAACUUUGCAAACAUUUCCCGGAACCUAAGCCAACAAAGUGUCUAACUCAUUCCUACAAGACGUUCUCACUGCAUGAAAGACUUCAGGAUGGCACAGACGGAAAAGAACACAGCUCUGAGGAAUUGUGGAAAAAGCGAUCUCCUUUUGAAUGGAACACAAAAUACGCAAACUGCCCCGAGUAAUUUGAGAAAAUUACGGCAAACAGUUUAUGGGAAUAACCUGAAACAGUCGACACAGUAAAGGUUACUGAGCUAACUUAUUUGUUAUAAAACAACAUACUGCUCUGUUUUGAGAAGUGAUGGAAUGGCAUUUAGAAAAUGCAAUCAGCUGUGUGGUGACAACACUAUGUAAUUGGAUUUUUCCAUUCACUAACUGCAUGUGGCAAGCCUUUCUUGCGUCACAAAAUUUCCCUGAUGGAAAAAGGCAAAUUAUUAAAAAUGAGUCAGAAUGAUGAUCUACCACAACCAUAUCCCAAUAAUUAAAUAUAAAAUUUCAUUUAUCUGGACUUCUAUUUUAGAAACAAUCUAAGCAUUACAUAUUUGUAAUAAACAAAUAUAUUCACAAAACACAAGGUAAUAAAUGAUGAACUGCAAGACAAGUAGAUAUAACACUGAGUAAUAAAGAUGGGCGCCAUUGGUAAGCUCCAUUUUUACGAAAAAUGUGAAAGACAGGGCUAUAAAACAUUUGAAAGAAAAAUUGCAAUAACAAGUUGUUGAUGGUAAAUCCAAAAUAAAAAGUUUCAUAUUUCACACUUCUAAAUAAUGUACUUUUAAUUAUUAUUUAACUAUCUUUACAUCUCUCUAUUGUACAGACAUUGUCAGACAAAGUUUGCUAUUUCUAUUUAAUUCCUUUAAUAUGCUUGCAGUUAUUUUCUCAUGUUAAACUGCUCUGUUUUUCCUUUACUUUCGUGUUAACGAUAAAGCCACUUUGUUUCAUUAUCGUACGCUGGGAAUAUGUAGUAUACGACUUGUUUUAAAUUUGUUGUCGCAGAGAAAUGUACAAGAGGAGCAAUGAACAUAAUGUUAUACUACAUAUUUCAUAUAUUAUACUUGAUACCCAUCCACCAGUUUUUGACUUUUCAGUGUUUGUAGAUAAGAUCUGUAGGGGAUAUGUUAAUGUUGCAGGCAUUUUUUGCUGUAAAUGAAUUUAAAUAUUGUACAUAAAUAAUUGUUACCACUGACAGCUGUUACUAACUUGUAUGCUCUGAGGCUGGCUGUAUGAUCAUGAAACCAAAAUCCAAUAA